CCCGGGAGCCUUGAAUUUUGUUUUCGCAGCGUUGCCAUACGCGGAGUGCUGUUGACUGAAAACUGAAACACUGUGGAGUCCAAAGCAUGGACUCUGACUUCGUAUCUCCAGAGUCUACAGUGACGACCCUGCUGUCCAGCUCAGGUCAUCUGAAGAGCAGCCUGCUGCCUCCUGAACUCAACACCUCCUUCAGAUACAGAGACCAGGAGUAUGACUCAGCCUCUGCAGCCUUGGACGCCUACAUUGCAGACUUUGACAGGAGUCGUCUGAACAGCGAGUCGGUAACAGGAAGUCUGGUUCUUCCACACAGCCCGCACUGCACGCCAAGAAGACCUAAAGUGAGCACGCUCAGAAACAGAGAUGUUCUCAGGGAGAGUUUGACUGACAGGGAGCUGGACUUCCUCAACCUCCCCGUCAGUUCCAUCCGUCACCGUGCCAACCGAGACAGACUCUCCAUGACUACUGACGAACUGUUGUCCAUCCCUUACGACGGCUCGAUGCCCAUCACCCACACAUCUGCCUUCCUCCAAGGCCUCUUGUCCCAGUCUGGAGCCUCUUCCCAGCCCUGCCCAUCCUCCUUCAGACCAGGACGCAAAGCUUGGGAGGGAUUCAGCAGCAGCCACGCCGCUCCCCGACUGAACCACUCCCACCCUCAUCCAACCAGGAUGCCCAGGAGAUCCAGGUGCAGAGGAGGACCAGGAUGUCCAGAUGUCUCCUCUGUCAACUUCACGUCUACACACAGAACAGCGAGGUCAGAGCGGGCGGACCCAUCCUCAUCACUCCACCUCCCUCACUGGUUCACCAGCAACAAGUCCGAAAUGGGCUGCUCUGGAAUCACAAGCGUGCCGGACCUAAAGUACCCAGCCUGGAUCCAGCGCUGCGACCUCAGUGAGCCGCCACCCCUCACAGAGUCAGAGCUAUGGGACGACCAUGCUCCCAGAAAUGAAGCUCCUUCCUGGGUCGCAGAGCUGGAGGAGGAUGAUCCUGACCUGAUACCUUCACAGACUCAGGUUGACAGCCAGCUAACUCUGAGAGAUCUGAGGCUUCAGUUUGCUGAACAGAUUUCUCUGCUUGCAAAGAGAAAGAGCUCCGACGUCAUGGAAAAUCUGUUCAGAGACAACAAGAUCGAGUCUCUGAUCCGAAAGGCAGAUCAGGUGCUGAAUUCUCUGUCUCAGAGCUCUGGAGGAGCAGAGAGUCUUCCAGAUCCAGUGAGCAGUGCUGCAGUCAGUCCAGUGAACACUGAGGAGUUGCUCUGUUCAUCCUCACACCAUCCUUCAUUCACUCAGGACUCAGCAGCAGCAGCAGGUGGUGUCACAGAGGAUCUGACAGACAGAGGAGCUCAGGCUCAGGGCAGCGAUCUCCAUGGUAACAGCAUCGGGAAGCAGCCUGGUCCGGUGGAGGCUCUGAAACAGAUGCUGUUCAGACUGCAGGCUGUGGAGGCGGAGCUUCAGAGACAACAACAGCCGUCAGCUUCAACUCUCACUGACAGGAUGCACGCAAAGAGAACUCCAGUGAAGCAGAGGCCUGAAGCAGAGCUGGACAGUUGUUCUUGUGGACCAUCAUUACAGAGAGCUCUGUAUCACCUGAGCCGUCUGAAGCUGCUGGUGGAAGAACCCAAAGAGAAACACAGAGAGGAAGAGGAGGAGAAGGAUGAAGAUGAAGGACGCUACUCCUCUUCAUCUGCUGACGGACUCACCUGUACUCAGGAGAAACCCUCCUGAAGCUGAAGUCUUGUUCAACAGAGCGAGGGGCUUCUUGUUCAAUGUUUUCACUGUUUCCUGUUGUGUCCCACAGCAACAGGGAACAGUUGAAGGUGCCUUUGAAUCUGCAAAGUGCUUUGUAUUUAUAUUUGAGAUGAAACUGUGCAAUUAAUCUAAACACUGAUACAGUACAGAGACCAAACCAGACC